AUGGCCUGUGGGGCUACGCUAAAGCGCUCGAUGGAGUUCGAGGCCCUCCUGAGUCCCCAAUCUCCCAAGCGGAGACGGUGCAACCCCCUACCGGGGACUCCCGGCACUCCGUCCCCGCAAAGAUGCAACAACCUGCGCGCCGCCGUCGACGGCUCGACGCUCUCCAUGUCGCCGCAGAGUGUGGCGGGCGAGAACAGACUCACACCAGAGCAAAUCUUUCAAAACCUGCGCCAAGAGUACAGCAGGAUCCAGAGGAGGCGGCAGUUGGAGGGGGCCUUCAACCAAACUGAGAACUGCGGACCCUCUGAUGUCGCCAGCCCAUCUACAUCCUUGCACGCCCCCAGCUCCCCGCCAGGCGCCUCAAGACGGGACCAGCCUUCGUUCACGCUGAAGCAGGUGAGCUACCUGUGCGAGCGUCUGCUCAAAGACCACGAGGAGAAGAUCCGCGAGGAGUACGAACACAUCCUCAACAUCAAACUCUCAGAACAAUAUGAAUCAUUUGUGAAAUUCACACAAGAUCAGAUCAUGCGAAGAUACGGUGCCCGGCCUGCUAGUUACGUCUCCUGA